AUGGACAUCGACGAGUCCGAGGAUAGCGCGUCGUCCACAACCUCAAGCGACCCCAUGGACAUGGCACCGCCGACGAAUACCACCCAAAGCCUUGCCGCCUCUGAAAUCGGCUUACAGCCGUCUCUACGACCUAGCGGGCCGGAGACCGAUUUGCAUCCACACCUUAGGGCGCAACGGUACAAGGAACUAUAUCCAGAGGGGACACCCCGGUGGACCAAGGAAGCCAUCCAGGAGGCACAGGCUAGAGUGGAGAGGUGUAAGCCGGGGGAUAUCGUGUACAUUUCUGCAUUGGAUGGCGCGGAUGUAGGGUUUGAAGUGAUGACGGAGAGAAUUGAGCGCAAUAAACAGGGUGUAGCUAUGGUUGGUGUGAAACAUUUCCUCGAACUCUUCCCCGCCCCAACAGACUACAUCACCCCCAGUCCUGAAAAACGCCACCCCUCCCACCUAUACUCGAACCUCGCCCUAGGCCACAAAUUCCGCCGUCUAGACGGAGAAGACGAGGACGACGAAGAAGACGACUACGACGACUACGACCCCACCAAGAAAGAAAUAGCAUCCGCGCACGAAAGCUUCAACACCGUCUUCCACACCUGGACAGACAGCGCUCUCUACAAGAACAUGCUCGCGACUCUGCGCAAGCUACCCACCAUCAAACGCCCCGUCAGCAAGAUCAUCGCCUUCGGAUGCAACAGCAUAACCAACCUCAGGCUUGACAAGUUCACCAGGGAGCGAAGUGCCUACCAGCAUGCCUUCCUGCUCAUGCUGCGACGAAUCCUACAGGAAAUGGCAUGGACACCGACAGAGAUUGAGAUCGUGCUGCAGGAUUCGGCAUAUACGAAGCUCGAUAAGGAGAUACUGGGCGAUUGUGGAAUGACUGUGCUGGAGAGUCCGCAGGCGUUUCUGUUGGUCGAUGACGAGAGUUUUAUCUUUUCGUAUGCGCCGGAUGUUCCUGUUCGGCAGGUUGUGAUGGAUUUGGCGUUGCCUGUGGCGAUGGUUUGGGAUGCGGUGGUCGCCGAGGGUAUGUCGCUGGAUACGAGAGAUCCAUGGGACAUUACCAUCCACCGGAAAAUCAACAAGAAUUACAAUACCUUCCAUCUCCCCAAGGAUAAACAUUUCGAUAUGUUGAGGGUAUAUCUGCGGUGUGCUGAUGGCGAGCUCUCGGAUACGGAAUGUGAGCGGAGGGAGGAGAAGAUGCUGGAUACUAUGGACUUCGUCCAGAGAAAUAAGCUCCUGGUUAGUUGGGGGAAGGAUAAUGUGCAAGAUGUGUAUUCUGUUUAUCGCCGGAUGAGAGGGUCUCAGGGGAGUGAUGCAAGUAGUAGGCUCUAG